GAGCAGUUCGUGGUGAUGGAUAUCGGAGAUCUCCAUCAUGAUGGUGUCGAUGCUUUGGACGCCGAGAAGCGCAACAAGUUGCUUCAAGACAACUUGGCUCUGGUGACAGCGACGUUGCACAUGUGCAACGGCCUCGAGAGACAGUUCUCUGUGGAUGAGCUGGAC